CCCCCGCACCCAACGGCCGAAACACUGACGUAUCGGACUUGUGGGCACGAUGGGACGAGUUGAAAAAACGCUCCUGCAGCUUUUUAAAUAGACUUAAUUCUCCGCGGUGGAAUAUCAAUUGGAGCUACGUCUUGUCUGCCAAAUUGAAUUUUUUUUUUACAAGCAGAUCUUGUCUCCAAACCAUCAACCAUGGCUUUCCCGUACAAGAAAAUCCUCGUUCUCGGCGCUACUUCCGGAAUCGGCCUGGCCCUCUCCGAGCGCUUCAUCGAACGGGGCAUCUUCGUGAUCGCAGUGGGCCGCCGCAAGCAGAAUCUCGACGAGUUUGUCCAGAAGCACGGCUCCGAUAAGACAGUUGCUAUUCAGUUCGACAUCAGCAAGCUCGAUGCCAUCCCGGCCUUUGCUGAGAAUGUCAUCAAGUCUCACCCAGACCUGGACUGCAUCUUCCUGAACUCGGGAAUGCAGCGCGGUGCGGACUUUAGCAAACCUGAGUCGUUGGAUAUCUCGUUGUUGGUCGAGGAGAUGACGGUCAACUACCUCUCGUACCUUGCUUUGUCCAAGGCCUUCCUGCCCUUCCUCCUAGCGAAGAAGGAACCUACUUCUCUGAUUGCCACGAGCUCCGGCCUCUCCAUGAUCCCGCUAUACAGAUGCCCUAACUACUCCGCCUCCAAGGCGGCACUGCACCACUGGCUGCUGGUCCUGAGAUGGCAGCUUAGGGACACAAACGUGAAGGUUAUUGAGAUCUUCCCGCCUGCUGUGCAGACUGAACUCCACGACGCCAAAUACCAGCCUGAUAUCAUCGAUGGUCGGAACUUGGGUAUGCCUCUGAAGGAUUUCACAGAUGAGACGAUGGAAGGUCUCCUCGGAGGAAAAGACCAGAUCCCCGUCGGAAUGUCCAAGAUCGCCUUCGACAGCUGGGAACAGGAGCGACAGAAGGGCUUUGCGAAGAUGACGGAGAUAACCAAGGCAGAUGCUGAUAAGAAGGCCGCCGCCGCUGCUGCUGCUGCUGCUAGUGGGAAUUAGAAGGCUCGACUGAUCAAGGAAAGUUAUCUUCUGAGUUGAGUGAGGUUAGUUAUGUGAUGUGGGGUGAGCUGAUAAAGGUAUGAAUGAAUGAAUGAUCGAGUGAGUAAAGGAUGGGUUGGUUAUAAGUAUUAGAUGGGAUAGGAUAGGUUCUGGAUAUGUAUAUAUGCAUGGCUCUCGCUCUCUCUAUAGACACACAUACAUACAUACAUAAGUUACAUGUGAAUACAAAGAUA